AUGUUAGAGAUCCCUGCAGGUACUAAAAGGGGGUUUUUGUAUGCUAAAGAUGACUUGAUCUUGCAAAUAUUCAAAAACUGUUUGGAUAUUGAAUUUUUGUACACAGAAGUGCAUGAAGAUAUGAAAGUUGUGGCAGUGAAAGUUUUGGAAGAGAGUUUUCUGUGGACUGAUGAUGAAGAUGUGGUACAGAAUGCUUCAUAUGCAUUCAAGUGCAUUCAUGGCAGAGAAAUCGCUUAUGGAUCAAUAAAUACUCUGCCUCAGGAGGGAUGGGAGGAACUUGUUGAUUGUUGGUCGUGCCAUAAUUGUGAGUUUAAGACUAUGCUGGAUCUAAAGCCAAGGCCUAGAAAAGAAGGCGUGCUUGUUUCGGACUUCUUCCUGCUCAUCAACGACGUUGAUCUUCCUGAAUGUUGUAAAAAGAACACGGCAUGCAUAAGAAAGCUAUUCUACAAUGAAGUUAUGCUUGAUGGAGUAUCAGAUGCCGUGAUUAUAUACUCUUAUCUAAACACUUAUUUCAAAAGCAAUGCUUCGCUGUUUCUUGAGGCAAAUCACAAAAAGUACGAAAUCAGAUGCUUCUAUAAGGCAACGCUCAUAUCAGCAAGUGAUAAUUCAAUUGAGAAGAAAGAAUCAAUUAAAGUCGGGAUUAAAGAAACACACAAAAGAUUCGACUCUGGCAAAAACAUAAACAGUUUUUACUCAGAAGCAAUAUAUAACAUCAUAAUGUCAAAUAAAAUAGAUAUCAGUAUGCUUGGAUAUUGUAUAUCUUUCAUAAUAAAAAGUAACUGA